CUGCCCCGGGCUGGCGAGCAGGGCCCUUGCUGCGCACAGACGCGCCCGGCUGUUCUGAUUGCCCGGCUGCUGCCAGAGGGGAGUCCAGGGGAUCGCUCUCUCCGCCCCCUGCGCUCCGGCCAGACACACCCGCCCCCUCUGUCCCUCUCCACCCCGACCGGGGGCACGGAGUUGGCGGGAGCCUAUAAAAGCCCCUGGCGGAGCCGGCGCCACCGUCCUGCAGGAGCGGUCAGAGCAGCCCAGGCACAAAGUGCUGAGACCCCGCGCCGAGAGCAUGGCCCAGCAAUCCUGUCAGUGGGGCUAUGACAGUGACAACGGACCUGAGCACUGGCACAAAUAUUACCCUAUUGCCAAAGGAGACAAUCAGUCACCUAUUGAAAUCAAUAUCAAAGAUGUCCAUUAUGAACCCUCUCUUCUGCCUUGGUUUGUCGGAUAUGAUCCUGUCGGAGCUAGGGCCAUAGUGAACAAUGGGAGAACCUGCAAAGUUGUGUUUGAUGACACUUUCGAUAGAUCAGUGCUGAGAAGUGGACCACUCCCAGGUAUCUACAGACUGCGUCAACUUCACUUUCAUUGGGGUUCUUCUAAUGACCAUGGCUCUGAGCACAUUGUGGAUGGAAUGAAAUAUGCGGGAGAGCUUCAUUUGGUACAUUGGUAUUCAAAAUACAGUAAUUACGCUGAAGCUUUGAGAAAUUAUGAUGGUGUGGCUAUUUUGGGCAUUUUUCUGCAAGUAGGAAAAACUCCCAAACCAGAGAUGAAGAGAAUCCUUGAAGAAAUAAAUGGUAUUAAAACAAAGGGAAAAGAGGCUCCUUUUUCAAACUUUGAUCCAUCAAUUCUUUUUCCUAAAUCUUGGGACUAUUGGACCUACCAUGGCUCCCUCACUGAACCUCCUUGUGAUGAGUGUGUUACCUGGAUUCUUUUGAGGGAACCUAUCAUUGUCAGCCCAGAUCAGAUGGCAAAGCUCCGUAGCCUUUCCAUCAAUGCUGAGACAGAACCUGUUCGCCCCAUGGUGGAUAACUGGCGCCCUCCUCAGCCUCGGCAUUUCAGGAUGGUGAGAGCCUCGUUCCAAUAACAUCUAUGCUGAAUCUGGGUGAAUAUGCAUGAGGAAAUGCCUACAUCCCAAAGCCUAGUUAGCUUUGUGCCCUCUACUGCUCUUUCUGUGGAUGCAGAUCUGCAUUUCACAGUCCAAAACUCCGCAUGGUGAAAUGUGAUGGGUCCCCAACUCUAAUUUUGAGAUGUCAAAAAUUACUUGAGGCAAAUUCUAAUUUUAACAUGAAAAUAUGGAAUCUGUGUUUGGAUCUCAAUAAUAACUGUGUUAGCUUUAACAGUAGCAUUUAUAUGGCUAUUUCUAAGAAAGAAAAAUGGAAUAGUUAGUAAUGGCUAAAAAAGGCAUUUCUCCAUUAACCUUAUGGUCUUCAGUGUUUGCCUUUUUCCAGACCGAAGAGGUUUCCAAUUAACAGAAACAAUGAGUCAUUUGAAUUUAAAAUGGACACGUGUCAAAUUCUGCUGUCAAUUGUACUAGCAUAAUCCAAUAGGGAAUACCAGGUGUAAUGGAGGGCAGAGUUUUCUCCUUUGUAUUCAUAUAGAAAUAUGGAAAGUACAAAGACUCAUUAAAUUUCCAAUGAUAAUUAAGCAAGUUAAGAUUUUAAUGAACUGAGAAGUUAAUAUUGUAAAAUUUCAUUUUGAAAACUGAAAUCAAGGUGUCAAAUCAAAUUAAGAGUAUUAAAUUGUGGGGGGGGGGGAAGAGUUCCUACUUUAAUUAUUGUAACAACUGACUUAUUCUUGUUAGAAGGUCAACAUUAAUUUUAAUGUUAAAGCAACUGAAAUGAAAUGAAUUUCAAAAAAUCCCAGGAUUUUCUUUAAUUUCCUGCAAUUGUAGGUCUUAUCAGUGGAUGAAAGUGAAUAGAUUCUGUCAAAAACCCUUUAGCAUCCUGAGUUAUUUAGUCCCCAUUUUUUCUACUAUACCAUUGUCCUUACAUGUCUGAAGGCCAAAUUCUGCCCUCAUAAACCUAUGCAAUUGAUACUGAUGUCAAUGAGAUUUGUGUGCAAGUAUCUCUGUUGGACUUAUGGUAGCAAGAGCAAUAAAAGAGUAUUGUAUGACUGCACUUGAAGCAAUAGCAUUUCUGCUUUAAGAGAACUA